UGCUUUCACAGCUCUGUCUCUCCCAUAUUAGGCUUCUUCUAAGGCAUACGUUAUUGACCGAAGAUCGAGGCUAUGUCUAAUCCAAGCACGACAAAAGGGUUUGAUUUGGGUGAUGUCCUGGCCAUCGCCAGCGUCCACCCUUUCUACUCCGCCACCCCAUAUCCUCCGAGGCGCGAAGAAUUGCCCGCUCUGUUGGCGAACUUUCGUGAGUCGGCAACAGAGUUCAAGUUAUCAUCGUUCCCAUUGACCCGGAAAGAGGCACUGUACAAGGAAAUCGCCAGACUGACCACUGAUCGAGACCCUCGGAAUGGAUAUCGACAAGAGAAUUACAUCAGCACGACUGGCGGGGGAUCUGGCAAGGGCUCACCGAUGGUUUUUGCCGCAGAUUCGCAAGAGAAUCGGCAACAACGGGCAGCCACUGGGUAUCUCUUGCGGUCAUUAGGGAUAACAGGGCCAGGAGACUGGGUCAUGACAAUGCACGUUUCGGGACAUUUAUAUCGAGCAUUGGAUCUCAUGGCGGAGGUGUUCGAGGCGUCUGGUGCUUCGGUUCUUUGUGCCGGUAGCCAAAUGGAACAGGAUAAGAUAGUCGAGACGCUCAUUGAAUAUCAAGUAAAUGCCAUUGCCGGGGACGCAGGUCAGAUCAUGCAGUUAUCACGGCACAUCUCUACCCUCUCAGAGGACAAAAGACGGCAACUGCUGAUCAACAAAGUGAUAUAUACCUCGGAGCCGAUGACCGUGGCCCAGCACAGCUUCCUAAGCUCUCUCUUUCCCGAUGCAGCCGUCUCUUCAGUGAUCGCAAGUGCGGAGUCUGGACCCUGGGCUGCCUCGCCAGCCAAACUGACAGAGACAACAAAGGCAGAGAACUAUGCCGACUUUGUUUAUGACCAGCGUUCGAUGCAUCUCGAGGUAUUCCCCUUCGCUAUUGAGGACUAUCAAGACCCGGAUCGUGUUGAUGCUCAGCCUCUUCCUGAUGGCAAAAAAGGUCUGCUUGUGCAAACCUCGUUGCAGAGAUUGCGUCAUCCUCUCAUCCGCUACGUUUGUGGUGAUGUUUGCUCGCUUCACCCUUUGCCAGAAACGAUCAAAGCCGAACUCUCAGCAGAGGACGCACCUCAUUACAAAGUCGCACGGAUAUAUGGACGAGAUCGACGAAUGAGUUUCGAUUGGUACGGGGAGUAUUUCGAAUUUCCAGUUGUUCAGGAGGCGAUGCGCACCGAGACAUGGGGUAUCUUGCAAUAUCAGAUUAUACGGAGGUACAAUGAAGGAGAUAAGAGCAACCUGGGUAUUGUUCUUGAGCUCCGUGUGCUACGGCACGAUGAGCCAGGUACGAUUAGCAAAGAAGAAGUGACACGGGAGUUACGAAAGCUCUUCUGGGUCUUUGAGAACAACGAAGAAUUGUUCGACUUGCGAUAUCUGUCUGACUAUGAAGGAUUCCUCCGAAGCACUACAGGGCGAAAGGUGAUCAACUUCAUUGAUCAGGCCCAAGGCUAGAUGAACCAAAGAGUGCCAUUGAGAACCAAAUCAUGCUGUGGACGCUCCGGCGGCUCUUGAAAACACCGUC